AUUCUCUGCCCGCAGCCCCCCUUCAUCUCUCCCCUCCUGCUCCUUUUCUCCUCCUUUCUCCUCCCCCUCCCUUUUUUCCUCCCUCCCUCUCCCCCUUUCCCUCGCUCCCCUCCUCCCUCCCUCCCUCCCUCCCCGUCUUUCUUACCCCCUCCCUUUCUCUCGCUCUCUCUCACUCGUUCCCUAACAUUAAAGAGAAAAUGCUGCUAUCGGUGACUUCCAGGCCUGGGAUUUCGACUUUUGGCUACAAUAGAAACAACAAGAAGCCAUAUGUGUCAUUGGCUCAGCAGAUGGCACCACCUAGCCCAAGCAACAGUACACCUAACAGCAGUAGUGGAAGCAAUGGAAAUGACCAGCUGAGCAAAACCAACCUAUACAUCCGAGGAUUGCAGCCAGGCACUACUGACCAAGAUCUUGUCAAGCUGUGUCAGCCAUAUGGCAAGAUUGUUUCCACUAAGGCCAUACUGGACAAGACCACAAACAAAUGCAAAGGCUAUGGCUUUGUAGAUUUUGACAGCCCUUCAGCAGCACAGAAAGCUGUAACAGCACUGAAGGCCAGUGGUGUACAGGCACAGAUGGCAAAGCAACAGGAACAGGACCCCACAAAUUUAUACAUCUCAAACCUCCCACUGUCAAUGGAUGAGCAGGAACUGGAGGGGAUGCUGAAGCCCUUUGGCCAGGUUAUCUCCACCCGUAUCCUUCGAGAUACCAGUGGGACCAGCAGAGGUGUUGGCUUUGCAAGGAUGGAGUCCACAGAGAAGUGUGAAGCCAUCAUCACCCACUUUAAUGGAAAAUAUAUUAAGACACCCCCUGGAGUACCAGCCCCAUCUGAUCCCUUGCUUUGCAAAUUUGCUGAUGGCGGGCCAAAGAAACGACAGAACCAAGGAAAAUUUGUGCAAAAUGGACGGGCUUGGCCAAGGAAUGGAGACAUGGGCGGCAUGGCCUUGACCUAUGACCCCACAACAGCUCUUCAGAAUGGGUUUUACCCAGCCCCUUAUAACAUCACCCCCAACAGGAUGCUUGCUCAGUCUGCACUCUCCCCAUACCUUUCCUCUCCUGUGUCUUCGUAUCAGAGAGUGACUCAGACAUCUCCUCUACAAGUACCUAACCCAUCUUGGAUGCACCACCAUUCAUACCUCAUGCAGCCUUCAGGUUCAGUUCUGACACCAGGGAUGGACCAUCCCAUUUCUCUCCAGCCUGCCUCCAUGAUGGGACCCCUUACCCAGCAACUGGGCCACCUCUCCCUCAGCAGCACAGGCACGUAUAUGCAGACGGCUGCAGCUAUGCAAGGAGCUUACAUCUCCCAGUAUACCCCUGUGCCUUCUUCCAGUGUUUCAGUCGAGGAGAGCAGCGGCCAACAGAACCAAGUGGCAGUGGACGCACCCUCAGAGCAUGGGGUCUAUUCUUUCCAGUUCAACAAGUAACAGUGGAUUCCCCUCCCCAUCUUUACUGAAUAGAAAUGAAUUCUUGGAGAUACUCUUGCUCCCAGAUUCCAGAGGGUUAACCAGGAAUGGAGACCAUCCGUCGGCCCUGCUAAGGACUAACACUUAGCCAUCGUUUUUCACAGGCCUGGGCCUGGAAAAAGAAAGCUCUAUGUUCCUGCCCUUUGCUAUUUCUCCAUUGCUGAUGGAGCCUGGGGGAACCAUCACUUUUCUUGUGUGCUACAUUCAAGGAGAUCAAAAAAACUUUUUUUCUUUUGCAAAGAAAGCUUUUUGUUUUUAACUGCAACGUACUUUUCCCUACCCUAAAGAGGCAUGGUGGUUGUAGCUUCUCAUUGAUAUGAAAAAGUUUUUGAUAUAUUGGAAUUAUUUGGGAAUGCUUUUAAAAUAAUUUGUAAUUAUUUCUUUACAAACCAAAACAGAACAGAAAGAUGUGGUGCUAGAACAUUGAUGAAGGAGCUCUGCUUACUGA